GCUGCGGAAGUGACUGUUUCCUUGCCCUUUGGCUUGGGCAGCUGUUUGGCUGCUGUCCACCCGGCCUUUGCUGCUGCUGCCUCCCUGCUGCUAUCAUGAGCCGGCCCAGCCGGCUGCAGAGGCAAGUUCUGAGCCUCUACCGAGAGCUUCUGCGCGCUGGGCGCGGGAAGCCGGGUGCCGAGGCGCGGGUGCGGGCCGAGUUCCGGCAGAACGCCAGCCUACCGCGCACCGACGUGCUGCGCAUCGAGUACCUGUACCGCCGCGGACGGCGCCAGCUGCAGCUGCUGCGCUCCGACCACGCCAAGGCCUUGGGUGCUUUUGUGCGCCCGCGGGGCCCGACGGAGAAGCCUGGCGGCGCGGCGGCCCUGGGGACCCCGCCUGACGAUGAUGAUGGUCCAAAGAGCCCUCUCGACGACACCGGGGCACCGGAGAUCCGACCCGAUGGACGAUGACAGGCAGAAGAGCUCUCUCAGUGGUGCAGAGGGGCCCGCCUGGCUCCUUGAAGGGGCUCGAGAACCCAUCUGAUGGAAGAUGAGAGGUCUUGAGAAACUAGCUCCAGAUUUGGGAAACAGCCCUCCUGGCGACAUGGGCGUAGAGAGCCCUGUGGUGGACGGUGAGAAAUGUCCUACCUUGCCCGAUACAUGUUGACAGGUCAGUCCCCCCAUCCCCUUGGGGUGGCCUGGGAGGCUGAAUAGUGCUCUGCGGAGAUCUACUUACCCAGAGUCAUGGGGAGCCCAGACGCCCCCUCCCUCUGUCAUGGACAAAGAGCCUGAGACCCUUCUCUUCCUUCACCUCUGAGAACACAUCUACCCCUGGCUCUCAACGGGACUGCCCUUUCCUGUAUUUAACUCUGAGAAAAGCAGACUUUUUGCUGAGAAGCACUUUGGAAAGAUACUCUGAUGAACCGUGAGAAGACUAGAAUUCCCUUUGAAAAGCUUACUGACCUCACCCCCAUACACUGUGUCAAACUGGAACCACAAGGAAGGGGUGGGGUCUCACCCCCAGCUGAUCAGCUUAAGAAUCCCUAUUUGAUUGUUAAAGGGGCAACUCUAACUCUUGUGCCCCUUCUCUCUCAGGACUGUUGCACAAAAGGAAUAAAAUUGGGGAUGUGCUUA